AUGGAUGGUAUAUCCUCAGCGGCGAGCGUCAUCGCCGUUAUUCAACUGACGGGAAGCCUCGUGAAGCUUUGCGGGGGGUACAUUCAGGAGGUGAACAAUGCACGAAAUGAUAUUCUAACUGUACAACAGGCGAUUACAAGCCUCGAAGGGACACUGCAAGACCUGAAGAACUUCCUUCAAAGUGAAAACGGAAUGUCGCUGCCUACCUCCUCGCGACUAGUCAGCGAUAUUGCGCAUUGCGUCUCCGACCUCCAAGCCUUAGAAGCCAGACUUGAUCCAGGAAAGGGAAGACAGCUGAUGAGGAAAGUGGGAUUACGAGCCUUAAAGUGGCCCCUAAAGCGCACAGAGGUUGAGGACAUUGUAAAGAACCUGGAGAGAUAUAAAUCUUUAUUCCUCUUAUCUUUACAGGUGGAUCAGACUUCUAUGAUGGUCGGGAUGGUCCGGAAUGCCGAUCGUAUUAAUCAAUUUAUAGAUCUUGUGAAGUUGGAAGGCGUGGUGGAGGCAGGGUUUGAGUCAUUCUCUGAUCGAGACGAAGUCGAAUGUCUCCAAGGCACUAGGACGGAGCUCCUCCAGAAGAUAAUGGAAUGGUCUAUUUCACAGUCCCAAAAGAACAUUUUCUGGUUAAAGGGAAUGGCUGGGACGGGAAAAUCCACAAUCUCUCGGACUGUGGCAAGGAUCCUCAAGGACACUAAUUAUCUAGGUGCCAGCUUCUUCUUUAAGAGGGGCGAAGGGGACCGAGGAAAUGCAAAGAAGUUUUUCCCGACAUUAACAAGGCAACUAACACUCUGGAACCCGGAACUAAGGCCUGGCGUGCAAAAGGCCCUCGACAAUGACCCUGAUAUUGGGUCAAGAUCGCUUAGGGAGCAAUUCGAAAAACUACUCCUUCAACCGCUGCUUAGUCUUGACCAACCCGGCCGACAGUCUCAAACUGCCGUGAUGGUGAUCGAUGCUUUAGACGAAUGUGAACAUGAUCAAGAUAUCCGAAAUAUUAUUCGAUUGCUGCCUCUUUUACACAAGGCGAAAUUAGUUCGGCUUCGGAUCUUCUUGACUAGUCGGCCUGAACUCCCAAUUAGCCUCGGGUUUUUUGAGAUCGGGGAUUAUGAGUAUCAGGACCUGGCGCUUCAUGAGAUAUCUAAGGAAGUGACAGAACGCGACAUAUAUCUAUUUCUCCAAGACCGAUUUGCGAAAAUCCGUCGUGACAGGAAUAUCUCCAACGACUGGCCGGGCGAUAAAGUUAUCCAAGAACUCGUUAGGAUAUCUGUUCCAUUGUUCAUUUCAGCUGCCACUGUGUGCCGCUAUAUCGAAAAUUCAAGAUGGGACCCCAAAUUACGCCUUACAGAGCUUCUAAAAGACCAAGCCAAAUAUGUGUCGCGAAUGGAUAGGACAUAUUUACCAAUUCUAACGCAACUACUUAAUGACCAAGAGAGUGAUGAAUUGGAGCAACAGCAGCUUCUACAAGAGUUCCAGGACAUUGUGGGUGUUAUUAUCCUUCUUGAAAUUCCACUUUCUAUAAAUACACUAUCUCUGUUUCUUGGGAUAGGAGUGGACCGGAUUAGCAAUCGACUGGAUUCAUUCCGGUCGGUUCUCAGCAUUCGCGGCGAUCAAGAUCAGCCUGUUAGGAUUCUGCAUCUCUCAUUUCGGGAUUUUUUGCUCCAGUCUACAACCAAGUUUCAUGUGAAUGAGCAAAAAAAACACAAAGACAUUGCGAAACUCUGUCUUAGAACUAUGCAUAGUUAUCUACGGAAAGAUAUCUGCAACCUAGUAGAAUCUGGAGCGCUUAGGGCAGACAUCAACCCUCUAGAUAUUCGCCAGUAUCUACCACCGGAAUUGCAAUACUCCUGUCGCUACUUGAUACAUCAUCUCAAAAAUAGCCAAGCUGUAUUUUCUGAGAUGGAAGAGGUGCGACUAUUCCUCCAGAAGCAUUUCCUUCACUGGAUGGAAGCAAUGAGCCUGCUGGAUCGUAUAUCAGAGGUGGUGGGUAUGCUUGACCUUCUCCGCACAGUUAUACCGGAUAAUAAUAAUAAUUCUGUCUUCGCCGACUUUCUACAUGAUGCAAAGCGGUUUGUUCUGAAAAAUCGCCAGAUAGCAGAUACAGCGCCACUUCAGAUUUAUUGCGCAGGGGUGGUAUUUGCACCUCGAACUGCAAUAAUGCGUAGAGAAUUCCAGUCAGAGCUUCCUAGUUGGAUCGGCCAGUUCCCACAAGUUAACGAAACUUGGAGUACAGAAUUGCAGACCCUCGAGGGCCAUUCAAGCUCGGUUUGGUCAGUGGCCUUCUCGCCCGAUGGCCGACUGCUGGCGUCCGGCUCUCAGGAUAAGACAACCCUCGAGGGCCAUUCAAGCCGGUUUGGUCAGUGGCCUUCUGCCGAUGGCGGCUCUGGCGUCCGGCUCUUCGAUAAGACAGUGCGGCUCUGGGACCCGGCAACGGGCGCCCUGCAACAGACCCUUGAGGGUCAUUCAAGCUCGGUUGAGUCAGUGGCAUUCUCGCCCGAUGGCCGGCUGCUGGCGACCGGCUCUUUUGAUACAACAGUGCGGCUCUGGGACCCGGCAACGGGCGCCCUACAACAGACCCUCGAGGACCAUUCAGACUCGGUUUGGUCAGUGGCCUUCUCUCCCGAUGGCCGACUGCUGGCGUCCGGCUCUUCAGAUCAGAUAGUGCGGCUCUGGGAUCCGGCAACGGGCGCCCUACAACAGACUCUCGAGGGCCAUUCAGACCCGGUUGAGUCACUGGCAUUCUCGCCCGAUGGCCGUCUGCUGGCGUCCGGCUCUCACGAUGAGACAGUGCGGCUCUGGGACCCGGCAACGGGCGCCCUGCAACAGACCCUCGAGGACCAUUCAGACUCGGUUCGGUCAGUGGCCUUCUCGCCCGAUGGCCGACUGCUGGCGUCCGGCUCUCAGGAUAAGACAGUGCGGCUCUGGGACCCGGAAACGGGCGACCUACAACAGACCCUCGAGGGCCAUUCAAGCACGGUUUGGUCAGUGGCCUUCUUGCCCGAUGGUCGGCUUCUGGCGUCCGGCUCUUCGGAUAAGACAGUGCGGCUCUGGGACCCAGCAACGGGCGCCCUACAACAGACCCUCGAGGGCCAUUCAAGCUCGGUUCAGUCAGUGGCCUUCUCUCCCGAUGGCCGACUGCUGGUGUCCUGCUCUUCGGAUAAGACAGUGCGGCUCUGGGACCCGGCAACGGGCGCCAUGCAACAGACCCUCGAGGGCCAUUCAGACUCGGUUCGGUCAGUGGCCUUCUCGCCCGAUGGCCGUCUGCUGGCGUCCGGCUCUUCGGAUCAGACAGUGCGGCUCUGGGACCCGGCAACGGGCGCCCUGCAACAGACCCUCGAGGGCCAUUCAAGCCGGUUUGGUCAGUGGCCUUCUGCCGAUGGCGGCUCUGGCGUCCGGCUCUUCGAUAAGACAGUGCGGCUCUGGGACCCGGCAACGGGCGCCCUGCAACAGACCCUUGAGGGUCAUUCAAGCUCGGUUGAGUCAGUGGCAUUCUCGCCCGAUGGCCGGCUGCUGGCGACCGGCUCUUUUGAUACAACAGUGCGGCUCUGGGACCCGGCAACGGGCGCCCUGCAACAGACCCUCGAGGGCCAUUCAAGCUGGGUUUGGUCAGUGGCCUUCUCGCCCGACGGCCGACUGCUGGCGUCCGGCUCUCAGGAUAAGACAGUGCGGCUCUGGGACCCGGAAACGGGCGCCCUGAAAGAAACCUUGAGCACUAAGGGAAUUAUCACGGAACUCGAAUUUUCUCAAGAUACUUCAUAUCUGAGUACUAACCUAGGAUCGUUCAAGGUUCAAUCCAGGUGUGGCAACCCUAUCUUCAAUCCACCCAAUACGGAACCAGAGAUAUAUCUACAGCGUGACUGGAUAGCUUUGAACGGGAAACAAGUAUUGUGGCUCCCUCCUGAGGCUAGGCCUUCUUGUUCGGCGACUAAGUCAAAUACGCUUGCCUUGGGACACGCGUCAGGUCGGGUUUCCUUUAUAGGAUUUCAGAAAUAA